CCCAGGCUAGCCCACGUGUCUGCGGUCAACUCCUUCCUGUCAAUCAAGUGUUUUGCAGGCGGGGUCGGGGGCGGAGAGGCGGCGCGGGGCGGUGCGCUCCCAUGGUCCCGCGCGGCGGGCGGGUUUGGAUUUUAAAUCCCCGCGGCCAAUCAGUGGCGCGCAGGCUUCUGUAACGUUCCCAGCGCCGCGUUUGAAUUCGGGCAGGAGCUGAGCGGUGCAGAGCCUCUGCCCGGACCCCUUGCCAGGUAGGCCGAGUGGCCCCGGGAGCAUGAGUGCAGCGUUGGGUGCAGCCAAGCUGGCGAGGGCACCGGCCGAGCCAGGGAAGGCCGGCGGCCCUGGAGUGGCAGCUCCUGGAGUCCCGGCAGCUACCCCACCGACCAAAGAGAUCCCCGAAGUCUUAGUGGACCCACGCAGCCGGCGGCGCUAUGUGCGGGGCCGCUUCCUGGGCAAGGGCGGCUUCGCCAAAUGCUUCGAGAUCUCAGAUGCAGACACCAAGGAGGUGUUCGCCGGCAAGAUCGUGUCCAAGUCGCUACUGCUCAAGCCGCACCAGAAGGAGAAAAUGUCCAUGGAGAUCUCCAUUCACCGCAGCCUUGCCCACCAGCACGUCGUGGGUUUCCACGGCUUUUUCGAGGACAGUGAUUUCGUCUUCGUAGUGUUGGAGCUCUGCCGCCGCAGGUCUCUACUGGAGCUGCACAAGAGGAGGAAAGCGUUGACAGAGCCCGAGGCCCGCUACUACCUGCGGCAGAUUGUGCUGGGCUGCCAGUACCUGCACCGCAACCGCGUGAUUCACCGGGACCUCAAGCUGGGCAACCUCUUCCUGAAUGAGGACCUGGAGGUGAAAAUAGGGGAUUUUGGGCUGGCUACCAAAGUGGAGUAUGAGGGAGAACGGAAGAAGACCCUGUGUGGGACUCCGAACUACAUAGCCCCAGAGGUGCUGAGCAAGAAAGGGCACAGCUUCGAGGUGGAUGUGUGGUCCAUCGGGUGCAUCAUGUAUACUUUGUUGGUGGGCAAACCACCUUUUGAGACAUCCUGCCUAAAAGAGACCUACCUCCGGAUCAAGAAGAAUGAAUACAGUAUUCCCAAGCACAUCAACCCCGUGGCUGCCUCCCUCAUCCAGAAGAUGCUGCAGACGGACCCCUCUGCCCGUCCGACCAUCCACGAGCUGCUCAAUGACGAGUUCUUCACUUCCGGCUACAUCCCUACCCGCCUGCCCAUCACCUGCCUUACCGUCCCGCCCAGGUUUUCAAUUGCUCCCAGCAGCCUGGACCCCAGCAACCGGAAACCUCUCACGGUCCUUAACAAAGGCACGGAGAACGCUUUACCUGAACGCCCCCGGGAGAAGGAGGAACCCGUGCUCCGGGAGACAAACGAGGUCCUGGAGUGCCACCUCAGCGACAUGCUGCAGCAACUGCACAGCGUCAACGCCUCCAAGCCCUCCGAGCGGGGGCUGGUGCGGCAAGAGGAGGCUGAGGAUCCCGCCUGUAUCCCCAUCUUCUGGGUCAGCAAGUGGGUGGACUAUUCGGACAAGUAUGGCCUCGGCUACCAGCUGUGUGACAACAGCGUGGGGGUCCUCUUCAAUGACUCCACCCGCCUCAUCCUCUAUAACGACGGCGACAGCCUGCAGUACAUAGAGCGGGAUGGCACUGAGUCCUACCUCACCGUGAGUUCCCACCCCAAUUCCUUGAUGAAGAAGAUCACCCUCUUGAAGUACUUCCGUAAUUACAUGAGCGAGCACCUGCUGAAGGCGGGCGCCAACAUCACUCCACGGGAAGGCGACGAGCUAGCCCGGCUGCCCUACCUGCGCACCUGGUUCCGCACGCGCAGCGCCAUCAUCCUACAUCUCAGCAAUGGCACCGUGCAGAUCAACUUCUUCCAGGAUCAUACCAAGCUCAUCCUGUGCCCGCUGAUGGCAGCCGUGACCUACAUUGACGAGAAGCGAGACUUCCGCACGUACCGCCUCAGCCUGCUAGAGGAGUUUGGCUGCUGCAAGGAGCUGGCCAGCCGCCUGCGCUAUGCCCGCACCAUGGUGGACAAGCUGCUGAGCUCACGCUCAGCCAGCAACCGCCUCAAGGCCUCCUCCUAGGCCCCUGAUCCCCUCCGGACUGGUGCCCCUCCACUCCCCGCAGCACUGGGGCCUGCAUUGGUUGGCACCCAUGGUGCUGUUUUCUGCAACGUGCCCCCCUUCCCCCUCAGCCCUGGGGGCUGGGCCGAGAGCUACGGCGUGCCGGAGGUGGGGCUGCUGCAUAAGUUAUUUUUUUGUAUAUGUUUGGGUGCGGGUUCUGUAGCCUGCUUCUCCUUCCCUCGCAACCCCACUGUAUGAAUUGUACAGAAUGUUCCUGUUGAGUUUGGGACUGUCCUUUGACUUUAUAUACAUUAAACGUUUAUGAAUCUUC